GUGCCAUAACCUCUCCACUAUGGGCACCAAGGCGCCCCCCGUCGUGGCACCUGACGUCAAGGCGCCCCCAUGUAGUGCCAAGGCGUCCCUCACCAAGGAGUCCCCCAACUACGUGCAGACGCCUUACAUAUUUCCCUAUCCCAACCCAAAGUGUUUGGUAGACGAGAGAAGUCAAAGUCCGACUACCAAUUUUAGUAGUUUGUAUAAUCCUUCUUCAUUGGAAGAAGAAACUAACAUUGGCAAGCCCUACAGUAAUGAGAAUGGGAAGAUAGAUAACAGCUAUCCUUCUUACUGCAACAAUGCCGACCAAAAUGUUUCUUCCAAUUUGUAUGAUGAUGCCACCAACAAAACUAGCAGAGGUCAUGGAGGACCCCGAGGAGAUUCAGUGUCUAUGUUGGAUGAGGAACAUGGCAUGGGAAAAAUAAAUGGCAUGCCAAUUUCUGAUGCCAUUGACCUUUAG